AUGGGGGCGGAGAAGAGGCUGCUGCCGAUUAAGGAGGCCUUCCAGCUGGCGCAGCAGCCGCACCAGAACCAGGCGAAGCUGGUGGUGGCGCUGAGCCGCACCUACCACUCGGUGGAUGACAAAACAGGUUUUUAUGAGGAGUUUGUUAAUUACCUUAAAUAUGCUAUGGUGGUCUAUAAACGAGAACCAGCUGUGGAGAGGAUAAUAGAAUUUGCAGCAAAGUUUGUUACUUCAUUUCACCAGUCAGAUACGGAAGAUGAUGAAGAAGAGGAAGAUGGUGGCAUUUUAAAUUAUUUGUUUACUUUUCUAUUAAAGUCUCAUGAAGCAAACAGCAAUGCAGUUAGAUUUAGAGUGUGCCAGCUCAUAAACAAGCUCUUGGGAAAUAUGCCAGAAAAUGCCCAGAUUGAUGAUGAUUUGUUUGAUAAAAUUAAUGAAGCCAUGCUUAUUAGAUUGAAAGAUAAAAUUCCAAAUGUAAGGAUACAGGCAGUUCUUGCUCUUUCACGCCUUCAGGAUCCCAAAGAUGAUGAAUGCCUGGUGGUUAAUGCAUAUGCUACUUUGAUUGAAAAUGAUUCAAAUCCAGAAGUUAGGCGGGCAGUGUUAUCAUGUAUUGCACCAUCAGCAAAGACUUUGCCAAAAAUUGUAGGGCGCACCAAGGAUGUGAAAGAGGCUGUCAGGAAGCUGGCUUAUCAGGUUUUAGCUGAAAAGGUUCACAUGAGAGCUAUGUCCAUUGCUCAGAGAGUAAUGCUCCUUCAACAAGGUCUUAAUGACAGAUCAGAUGCUGUGAAACAAGCAGUGCAGAAGCAUCUUCUCCAAGGCUGGUUACGUUUCACUGAAGGAAGUAUAUUAGAGUUGCUUCAUCGGUUAGAUGUGGAAAAUUCUUCUGAAGUGGCAGUCUCUGUUCUCAAUGCCUUAUUUUCAGUGACUCCUCUUAAUGAACUGGCAGAAAUCUGUAAAAAUAAUGAUGGCAGGAAAUUGAUUCCAGCAGAUACAUUAACUCCUGAAAUUGCUUUGUAUUGGCGUGUCCUUUGUGAAUAUUUGAGAUCAAAAGGAGAUGAAGGUGAAGAAUUUUUAGAGCAGAUUUUGCCAGAGCCUGUAGUAUAUGCUGAGUAUUUACUGAGUUAUAUUCAGAGCAUUCCGGUUGUUAAUGAAGAACAGAGAGGUGAUUUUUCUUAUAUUGGCAAUUUGAUGACAAAAGAGUUUAUAGGUCAACAAUUGAUUCUAAUUAUCAAGUUUUUGGAUACCAAUGAAGAAGGAGGAAGGAAACGACUGCUGGCUAUCUUACAGGAGAUUCUUACUCUACCCACCACUCCAAUAUCCCUAAUUUCUUUUCUUGUUGAGAGACUGCUCCACAUGAUUACAGAUGAUAAUAAGAGAACACAGAUUGUUACAGAAAUUAUCUCAGAGAUUCGGGCACCCAUUGUUACUGGUGGUGUUAAUGAUCCAGCUGAUGCAAGAAAGAAGGAACUCAAGAUGGCUGAAAUAAAAGUUAAACUUAUUGAGGCAAAAGCAGCUUUGGAAAAUUGCAUUAACUUACAGGAUUUUAAUCAAGCAUCAGAAUUAAAAGGAGAAAUAAAAGCGUUAGAAGAUGCCAAAAUAAACCUAUUGAAAGAGACAGAGCAACUUGAAAUUAAAGAAGUCCACAUAGAGAAGAAUGAUGCUGAAACACUACAGAAGUGUCUUAUUUUGUGCUAUGAACUGUUGAAACAGAUGUGCACUUCAACAGGUAUAGGUGCAACCAUGAAUGGCAUCAUUGAAUCUUUGAUUCUUCCUGGAAUAAUAAGUGUUCAUCCUAUAGUAAGAAAUCUGGCUGUUUUGUGCUUGGGAUGCUGUGGACUACAGAAUCAGGAUUUUGCAAGUAAACACUUUGUAUUACUAUUGCAGGUUUUGCAAAUUGAUGAUGUGACAAUAAAAAUAAGUGCUUUAAAGGCAAUCUUUGACCAACUGAUGGCAUUUGGAUUUCAACCAUUUAAAACGAAAAAAAUCAAAGCUAUUCAAAGUGAAGGUGCAGAAGUAAACACUAAUGAAGAGCAAGAGUCAAAAGAAUCUGAAGAAGAGGCUGAUACAGCCAAGAAUGUUCUAAAACUACUUUCUGAUUUUUUAGAUAGUGAGGUGUCUGAACUCAGGACAGGAGCUGCAGAAGGACUAGCCAAGCUGAUGUUCUCUGGGCUUUUGGUCAGCAGCAGGAUUCUUUCUCGUCUUGUCUUGUUAUGGUACAAUCCUGUGACUGAAGAGGAUGUUCGACUUCGACAUUGCCUAGGCGUGUUCUUCCCAAUGUUUGCUUAUGCAAGCAGGACCAACCAGGAAUGUUUUGAAGAAGCCUUUCUUCCAACUCUACAAAUACUGGCCAAUGCCCCUGCAUCUUCUCCUUUAGCUGAAAUAGACAUCACUAAUGUUGCUGAGUUACUUGUAGACUUGACAAGACCAAGUGGAUUAAAUCCUCAGGCCAAGAAUUCCCAAGAUUAUCAGGCCUUGACAGUUCAUGACAAUCUGGCUAUAAAAAUUUGCAAUGAGAUCCUAACAUGUCCAUAUUCACCAGAAAUUCGGGUCUAUACGAAAGCCUUGAGUUCUUUAGAACUCACUAGCAGUCUUGCUAAAGAUCUUCUGGUUCUACUGAAUGAGAUUCUGGAGGUAAUAAAAGAUAGAAUGUGUGUGAGAGCUUUGGAGAAAAUCAAGGUUCAGUUAGAAAAAGGAAAUAAAGAACAUGGUGACCAAGUUGUAGCGGCACAGGAUGACAACACAACUACAACUGUUUUUCAAAGUGAAGAUGAAAACAACAAAGAAGUAUAUGUAACUCCUGUCAAGGAUGUAAAAGAAACCCGAAUGAAAUCCACUCAGCAAAAGACCAACAGAGGACGGAGAAAAGUGACAGCUUCAGCUAGAAUGAACAGGAGACGUCAGACUGUUGAGGCUGAGGCUGACUCUGAAAGUGAUCAUGAAAUUCCAGAGCCAGAAUCAGAAAUGAAGAUGAGACUACCAAGACGAGCAAAGACAGCAGCACUAGAAAAAAGUAAACUUAACCUUGCAUAA